AUGCCCAAGUCAACCAUCCACCAAAUCCUGCAACUGUUGAUCUUCCAAACAACAUUCAAGACAGUUACAGCCAACCAAAAAUGCUACCUAACAAACGGCAAAGAAGCAGACUCCAGCUUCCAACCCUGCUUCCCAUCUCAAGAAAAUAGCCCCUGCUGUUCACUCGCAAAAAGCAACGAAACUCCAAACGAUAUCUGUCUCUCCGGCGGAGUGUGCUAUAUCCAGGAUCCCAAUUUCCGCGGUCUAUUACGACAGGGUGCUUGUACGGAUUCGACAUGGAAGAGCGGGCAGUGUCCGGGUCUUGCUGAUGAUGUCCAAGGCCGCGGUUUCUGGUGCGGCAGCGUCAACGGCUCCGAUUGUUGCGAUAAUGCCGUCAGGCUGGACAUGGGGCAGAUGAUUAAUGUGACGGUUACAUCGAUUUCAGAUGCUGUCUCGUCUUCAUUUGCUUCGUCUGAGUCGUCAGUUUCAAUGUCAACAUCUUCCAGUUCAUCUGCUCCUACGUCUGCAUCUACAUCUACAUCUACUCUCAACACGAGCAGCAAAAAAGGCGAUUCUGAAGAUCUUUCCGUUGGUACUUGCGCCGCCGGAUCAACAUGUCCAGCGUCACAUACAACAGCGAUAAGUGCGGGGAUAGGUGGUGGUCUGGGUGCAUGUCUUCUAGCGGCGAUUAUUACGAUUCUUCUUCAGAGGCGGAUCUAUAGGAAGAAUAUGAGGCAGAAGGAGGCUAUGUUUGAUGAGAUUGCGGCGGCGAGUUCGCAACAGCAUCUUGUUUACCCUGUUUAUCCCGAGAGGGAGAAGGUGUUUCCAGUUGAGUUGGGGCCACGGGCUACGAGGAUUCAUGAGGUUGAUGGGAAUCGGUUAAAUGAAUUAUGA